CCCAGGAAGCUGGUUUGGCGUUUUCGGCGGCUACACAUACGAAAAAAUCGCCAUAAAAACAAAACCCCUCCCCAGACUCAUUUCUCUCCAAAGCCCAUUCCUCCGACGAUCCAGAUCGGAAUCUGACCCACUUCCCGAGAUUUUCUGGCUCUUUUGACGGAAAUCCUCCGAAAAAUCCCAGAUCUGUCGGAUCUAUUCCUUGCCACAGUCUAAAAGAUCCGAUCUUUAUCGUCGUAAUCAUCAGAACGACAGGAAAUAUCGGUUGACAAAACGAUCGGGGAAUUCCGUUGAGGUGGGACUCGCGUGGCGAUCUUUCGUGCUGUGGAGAAUCCGGACCGUCCAACCGGCAAUGGAGGGAUGAGAUUGAAACCGUGCCUGGGAAUCAAAUACAUGGGGAACUGCCUUACCGUAGAUGAGCCGCAAUCUGCUUCUAAAAAGCAGUCAGUUGAAGUAGACCGUCUUGUGGCUUCAUCUCCCACCAAGCCAAACAAGCUGAUUGCUUCCGACAUCAGCAAUGCCGUAAGUGUGCCGGCAACUCCCAAAGAUGUUGAGGAUUUUCGGCAGAGUGCUGGAUACAAUGUCGACAUUUUUACAUACAACGAGCUGAAAUUGACGACCAAGAACUUCCGGCCAGAUCAGAUUCUGGGUGAGGGUGGGUUUGGGAUCGUCUAUAAAGGUGUUAUAGAUGAGAAUGUCAGGCCAGGUUAUAAGUCCACACUAGUUGCCGUUAAAGAGCUUGAUCCGGAGGGUUUUCAGGGUGAUAGAGAAUGGCUGGCAGAGGUCAACUAUCUUGGGCAGCUCAGCCACCCAAAUCUCGUCAAAUUAAUUGGCUACUGCUGUGAGGAUGAGCACCGGCUUUUGGUCUAUGAAUAUAUGGCCUGUGGAAGCCUCGAAAAGCACCUUUUCCGACGAGUAUGCCUUACAAUGCCUUGGUCUACUAGAAUGAAGAUUGCAUUGGGUGCAGCAAAAGGGCUUGCCUUUCUUCAUGGAGCAGAAAGGCCAAUAAUCUAUCGUGACUUCAAGACAUCAAACAUCUUGCUGGAUUCAGACUAUAAUGCCAAGCUUUCAGACUUUGGGCUUGCAAAAGAUGGGCCUAUGGGAGACCAAACCCACGUUUCCACACGAGUUGUGGGUACUUAUGGAUAUGCAGCGCCAGAGUACGUAAUGACAGGUCAUCUUACAGCUCGAAGUGAUGUCUACGGUUUUGGAGUCGUGCUCCUCGAGAUGCUCAUCGGGCGAAGAGCAAUGGACAAAAGCCGGCCAAGCCGAGAACACAACCUGGUCGAGUGGGCCCGCCCACUCCUAAGCCACAACAGGAAGUUGAUGAGGAUCUUGGAUCCAAGAAUGGAAGGCCAGUACUCAUCGAAAGCUGCCCAAAAGGUGGCACACCUGGCCUACCAGUGCCUUAGUCAAAACCCCAAAGGGCGGCCCACCAUGAACCAGGUGGUGGAGAUCCUGGAGACAUUCCAAGAGGAAGCACUGCUCCAGGGCGGAGGCAGCAGUGUCACGCUUUACGAGGUUCCCAAAACCCCAACAGAUAAAUCUGCAGAAGGAAAGAAGCAAACAAGCAAGAAUGGCUGUGAAGGAGAGGAUGCCCAACACACAGAAAAACCAGCAAAACCAGUGAAUGGAUGUGGAGGAGAUGAUGCGCAAUUCAGAGCAAAACCACCAAAUGGAAGGAGCAAAAGCGAGACGGCUAUAGACUCUGAUCUGUAUAGCCCUUCUUCACCUGACAUUGAACCCCAGCAGAGGAAGUCCUUUUCCACAAUAAAUGUAGGUGGGAAACGACCUGUGGACGAAGCUGAUCUGUAUAAGUUCUGACAUUGUAGUAUUUUUAUAUGUUCAAUCAAUGAGAAUUUUGAAUUC